GGCAUUCGACAUCGCAACGACAGCUCACCCACUCUAUCAUGUCUGACCAGAAAGCCCUUUAUCUCACCGAGAAGCACGGUGCCUUCGUCCUCGGCACUGCACCGAUGUACAAGCCCGGCCCAGGCGAGAUUCUGAUCAGAAUCGAGUCCACGGGGUUGAACCCCGCCGACUGGGCCAUCCAGACUUAUGGAAUGCUCAUCGAGAAGUACCCCGCGAUCCUUGGUAUCGACAUCGCGGGUACUGUCGAGGAGUUGGGAGAGGGUGUCACGCGCUACAAGAAGGGCGACAGAAUACUUACGAAGGGGACCAUCGGCAAGUACGAACGUACCGCUUUUCAGCAAUACGCGCUCGGAUAUGAGGAUACGUCCGCAAAGAUACCUGAGGGCAUAUCGUUUGACCAGGCCGCUACCAUCCCACUCGGUCUCUGUACCGCAGCUGUCGCGCUGUACCACGACGGUGUCAACGUCAUUGGCGGUACAUGCGGGCUGACUCCUGCCUGGGAAGAUGAGGGGCGCGGAAAGUACGAAGGCCGGCCCGUCGUCGUCCUCUCUGGCGCGGGCUCUGUCGGGCAAGCGGCCAUUCAGUUGCUCAAGCUCUCCGGCUUCAACCCGCUCAUCACGACAGCGUCUCUCAGCAACGCCGAGUAUCUCAAGCAGCUGGGUGCGACCCACGUCCUCGAUAGGAAGCUCCCCUCGGAGGAGCUUUACAAGGAGAUCAGGAAGAUCGCGUCGAAGCCGCUCACGACCGUCUUCGACGCCGCCGGAUUUCCCGAGACGCAGAACCUCGGAUACGACCUCCUCGCAUCCGGCGGCACGAUGGCCGCGGUCAGGCCCGACGCCGUCCACCCGGAUAAGAAGGUCGACGACAAGAAGUCGUUCUUCAUGUAUGCGGACGUGACCCUGCCGCAGAACCGCAAGCUAGGUGCGAGCCUGUUCGGGAAGCUGACGGAGCUGCUGGAGACCGGGGAUCUCAAGCCGAAUCAUGUCGAAGUGGCUCCCGGCGGCCUUGAAGGGAUCAUUCCUGCGCUCGAGAAGCUGAAGAAUGGAGUGAGCUGUGUGAAGCUCGUCGCGCACCCGCAGGAAAGCAUGUGAAGUGAUGCGGUGCGUCCUCGACUCAGUGUCUGCGAAAGACCUGGGUCGCGGCAUUGUGUCCAGUGGAGUAUCCAGUAUUCUCGAUGUGAUGAUCCAAGUACUCCCAGAUUUACCAUUGAAUAUUGACUGGCUGAAUGAUGUGAUGCAUCCUCGUCGCUUCAUGGAGGGGUUGUCCUUAUGCUCUAAGAUUCGGACUGAAUAUUGAUUGAUUUCACCGAUCUGUGCCUACGAGUCGCGAACGUGGAGGCUACUAGAC